UGUGUAUAUAUAUAUAUGCCCACACCCGUCUUCUACAUUUGCCAGCUUCUUCUGUGUGCCACCCUUUCUUUAAUUUUUUUUUCUUUAGCUUUUGGAGUUUGGAUUCUCUUGAACCAUGGCUAAGAAUACAGGAGAGUUGAGGAUUCAUGAGAGUGUGGAUGAGCUUAGGACUGAUUUGGCAGACUAUGUUGCUGAGUUAUCAGAGGCAUCUGUGAAAGAGCGAGGAGUCUUUGCCAUUGCUUUAUCUGGUGGUUCUCUCAUUGGCUUAAUGGGAAAACUCUGUGAAGCUCCUUAUAACAAGACAGUGGACUGGUCCAAGUGGUAUAUCUUCUGGGCUGAUGAGCGUGUUGUGGCGAAAAACCAUGCCGAUAGCAAUUAUAAGCUUGCUAAAGAUGGCCUUUUGUCCAAGGUGCCUAUUAUCCCCAGUCAUGUGCAUUCUAUUAACGAUUCCGUGUCAGCAGAAGAAGCUGCCGAUGAUUACGAGUUUGUCAUUCGACAGUUAGUGAAAACCCGUGUUGUCAGCGUGUCUGAGAUUAGUGACUGUCCAAAGUUUGACCUCAUUCUGCUCGGAUUGGGUUCAGAUGGCCACGUUGCCUCAUUGUUUCCUAACCACUCAGCACUCAAUGAAAGGGAAGAAUGGGUAACUUUUAUUACUGACUCCCCCAAACCCCCACCUGAGAGAAUCACAUUCACCUUGCCUGUCAUCAAUUCUGCAUCCAAUGUUGCAGUAGUUGUCACAGGCGAAAGCAAAGCGGAAUCCGUACACUUGGCAAUAGACGAUGUUGGACCUGAUGGCCCCUUAAUACCAGUGAGAAUGGUCCAACCAGCGAUGGGGAAGUUGGUGUGGUUUUUGGAUAAGCUGGCUGCCUCAAAACUUGAAGAUUCCAAUUUGAACAAGUAGGACAUGUUGAGUUUGUAUGUAGUGUUAGGGGAUUUCACAAGUGUUGAUCAUCCUUAGAAUCCUGCCUAUUUCUUAUGUCUUGGAUAGAAAGCUUGGUUUUUUUUUUUUUUUUUUUUUUCUUUUUCCUUUUCUUGCUUUCUCCUAGGAGGAUGUUUGGAGAAAGUGUGGUAUAGUUUUUGUAACCGGCCAAUAAAACUUGUGGCUAUCAUUCCAAGUUCCAACACCCUUCUUUCCUUCUAUUUCUUCAUUGGGUUAUUGGCUAUGAUGAUGGUCUCACUUGUUUGCAAUUUAGAAAGGAAAAUCAGGUUCAUGUAAUUCUAAGA